AAGAAACAGGCGCAUUGUAUUGUAGUAAUCCCCCAUUGAAUGCUUUACCAAACUCACCAUCCACUUCUCUUUCAAUUUCACCCCUUCACUUCUUUCACUACUCCUCACUUCUCAACUACACCCUCCCCUCAACUUUCUCUUCACCCACUCAUCCUCUCUCUCCCUCUCUAAGGCUGAAUUAGCAAUGGAGUGUGUGAAAGCAGAAGCAGCUUUGAAAAGCAGUUUUAACAUAAGCACAGCAGUGAAACUCACUCCACAAAAUUUGUUAGAAGAUUUAUCUUCUUUUAAUGUUCAAGACAUAGCUCCUAUUGAUGAUUUCUUUGUCGAUGAUUUCCUUAACUUUUCAAACGAAGAACAAGAACAUGAACAUGAACAGGACUUUCUUGUAGAAAAACAACAAAAUCAUACCCCUCAAUACACCACCCAAAACCAAAACCAAAUUUCACACCCCAUACUCAACAACCAGUUUGUUUCAUUACCAACUACCGAACUCACCGUUCCGGUAGAAGAAGCUGCUGAUUUAGAAUGGUUAUCAUAUUUUGUUGAAGAUUCCUUCUCAGAAUUUCCCAAAACAGAAAAUCUCCAACUUCAACAAAAAGCUCAUGAACCAAACCCCACGUUUUCUACACCAUGUUUCAAAACUCCGGUACCGGCAAAAGCAAGAAGCAAGAGAACACGAACCGGUAUUCGUGUAUGGCCAAUUUCACUAGCCAAUUCAUCUUCAACCUCAAGCUCAGCUACACUUUCUUCCUCAAACCUCGAGGAAUGUUCAAAGCCAGCGGAGAAAAAAGCGAAGAGGAUGGUUUCACCGGACGGAGAAGCAAGAGGUGUGCCGCGGCGGUGUAGUCAUUGUGGAGUGCAGAAGACUCCUCAAUGGCGAACCGGACCAGGUGGGCCGAAAACACUUUGUAAUGCUUGUGGGGUUCGUUAUAAAUCGGGUCGGUUGUUACCGGAAUAUAGACCCGCUUGUAGCCCUACGUUUUCCAGUGAAUUGCAUUCAAAUCAUCACCGGAAAGUUAUUGAGAUGCGGCGGAAGAAGGAGGUUGUUCCCGGUUUUUGAAUGUUAGUAUUUAACUUAUUUUUAGUUUGAAAAAAAAUUAGGUUGUAGAACAAGUUAAAUUGAUGAGUCUUUUUCUUUUUAGUGGGUACAUAGUUGUUGUUUUUAACGUUUGUUGAGUGAGUGAGUGAUGUAGGCGUCACUAUUAGGUGUUAGUGUUACUACUAUAACAUAAGUUACAUUAUUAUGUAACUUACUAGGAUAGGAUGUAGGAGACUUUAAUAUUCAAGAAUUUGAAACCUUUAGUUUUA